AUGCUCUUGUGGAGCAUCUGGAAAAGUCGCAACACAAAGUUAUGGGAAGCAUCAGAAUCUACUUCCGCUUACAUCAUCUCCCGUGCUAAUGACUCCUUACAGGAAUGGAGUUGUAUGCAAAGAGCAAAGCUCCAAGUGCAAAAUCAAGUGCUUACUCCCUCUUGGGUGAAACCGCGGUUUGGUACGAUUAAAUGCAACACGGAUGCUGCCAUGUUUGACAACAACUCUACCAUAGGGUAUGGAAUGUGCUUCAGGAACCAUUUGGGACAACUUGUAUUGGGUAAAUCAGGUUACAUUCACUUAUAUGCCUCGUCCCUAGAAGCUGAAACCAUCGCUUUACUCGAAGCUAUCAAAAUGGCUAUUUCAAAUGGAUUUCACUCUGUCUGGUUUGAAACAGAUUGUAAGUUAUUUGCAGAUUCCCUUUCAUCAUCUAUUGUUCCUAAUACUGAGUUUGGAGAUCUAGUCUCUCAAUGUCGAAUCCUACAAUUUUCAUUAUAG